AGUGUGAUGAAGAGGGGUGUGAGCUUUCCACGUACAUCUGGGGAUAGAAGUGCCUCCACAGUGCAAGAGGCAAGAAAGAGAGAAAAAGAAAGAGGAAUACAAAGUGAGAGAAAGUGCCUAGUGAGGGGCAGAAAGAGCAGUUGUCAGUGUAAGAAUACAACCAGAUCAGGAGACUACAGGGGCAAGGGCAUGCAGCUCCUCUGGCUGUGUCUGUUACCCUGCCUGUACCUGGCGUCCCAGUGCUCCGCAGAGCAGGGACUGGAGUUCCCCAGCUUUGACGGGAAGGACAGAGUCCUGCACAUCAAUGAACGCAACUACAAGAAGGCUCUGAAGAGGUUUGACAUGCUGUGCCUUCUCUACCAUGAACCGCAGCCAGCUCACAAGGGCAAACAAAAACAGCUUCAGAUGACCGAGCUCGUGCUGGAGCUAACUGCACAAGUCCUGGAGGACAAGGACAUAGGCUUUGGCAUGCUAGACUCCCAGAAGGACGCCAAAGUGGCAAAGAAACUGGGUUUGGAGGAGGAGGGCAGUCUAUAUGUCUUCAAGGACGACCGUGUGAUCGAGUUUGAUGGCGAACUCUCGGCAGACACUCUGGUGGAAUUCCUGCUGGACGUACUAGAGGAUCCCGUAGAGCUCAUCAGUAACCCCAUGGAGCUCAGGGCCUUUGAAAGGAUGGAAGAAGACAUCCGCCUCAUUGGCUACUUCAAGGGAGAGGACUCCUAUUAUAAGGCCUUCCAGGAGGCUUCGGAGCGUUUUCAGCCCUACAUCAAGUUCUUCGCCACAUUCGACAAAGCUACUGCAAAGCACCUCUCUCUGAAGAUGAACGAGGUGAACUUCUAUGAGCCUUUCAUGGAGGAACCAGCCAUCCUCCCUGGCAGGCAACUCUCAGAGAUGGACAUAGUGGACUUUGUCCACCAACACAGAAGGGCGACUCUGAGAAAACUGCGUGCAGAGGACAUGUUUGAGACAUGGGAGGACGACAUGGAUGGGAUCCACAUUGUAGCCUUCGCUGAGGAGGAAGACCCCGAUGGUUAUGAGUUCCUGGAGAUCCUGAAAGACGUGGCCAGAGAUAACACCAACAACCCUGAACUCAGCAUAGUAUGGAUCGAUCCUGAUGACUUUCCUCUGUUGACCACAUACUGGGAGAAGACUUUCAAGGUUAACCUGUUUAAGCCUCAGAUUGGAGUGGUGAAUGUAACCGACGCGGACAGUGUCUGGCUGGACAUGUCAAAUGACGAAGACCUGCCCACAGCCGAGGAACUAGAGGACUGGAUAGAAGAUGUGCUGUCUGGGAAGGUUAACACUGAGGAUGACGAUGAUUUCAGAGAUGACUAUGACUAUGACAGGGAUGAAGAGGACAGUCACCAGCCUGACGAUCGUCGUGACUAUAACAGGGAUGAAGAGGACAGUGACUAGCAGCGAUCGCUUAGGUAGUGUUUUAUUGAACAGUGUUGAAAUGAUCACAUAUUUUCUUGGACAUUUAAAAGUUAAUAUAAUUGUCAUAUAAGAAUUUAAGAAAGUGGAAUGUUUCGUCUCUUUGAGAUUUAUGUUGAGACUUUAUUACGUUCUUUGUACAAGACCUAAUUUGACAGUACAAUAAAACUAUCACUACAACAUAGGAUAACCUUUUACAUUUUCCCAGUAAAAGCUUAUUAAUGUCAGAGGAGUGCAAAGGUCCUUGGGAGUCCAGACGCGAGUCCAUAAUUACUUCAUUGUAUCAUUAUGUGAGACUGAAUGAAUAAAUGCAACAGAACCUA